CAAGUCACUGCCGUAGCUAUGGCAACAGACCAACGAAUUCUCGAACAUGUAGAGUGUAACAUCUUGGAACGUCGAGAAGAACGGCUGGGUACACGUUUUGACUGAGGGAUUUGGAGAACUUUAUCUCCUUUAUUUUUUUUCGACGACGUUGGAUUUGUUUAACAGACAGACAUGUCUGCGGAAGGAUCAUACAGGCUUGAACUAGAACCGCAGAAAAAGAACGUAUUUGUAACACAGUUGCGAGAGGAAGAGGAAGAUGACGCCGAGAUUCGCAAAUUUCCCGUUGUUGAAGAGUCAGCAAGUAAACUGCUUGACACAGGCCUUAACACGGUACAGUCAACUUUACUACUUAAGAAACAAGUUGAAGUUGAAAAGGUUCAAGAAGAUUUGGAUAUCAAAAGGCGUCAGUUCGCAGAACGCAUGGCUGCCUGCAAGGCUAAAGAGGAGGAGCUAAAAAAGAAACAAGCUCAGAUUCGUGAACGAGUUGGAAAGUUUGAGAAGUUUAUAGAAGAAAAUGAUGCAAAGAGAAGACGGGCAAUACAGAAGUAUCAAACAGAACUAAAACUUAAAACUCAGAAAAAUAGGGAGCUUGAUGUUUUGUCAACUGAAUUAGAGCAGCUGAAAACAAGAAAAGAAGCUCUGAUGGCAAAGCUGGCAAGAUACUCAGUUUAUGAAAAGUUUUUGAUGAAAGUUCUUGAUNNNCUCACUUAAGACUACCUUGAGGCAAAUGACUCCAUGUUGAUGGGAAUCAUGAUGAGGUUUAGAACACUGAGUGCAACUAACCAAUCACUGGUACAGAUGUUAGGGGACACUUCAGAUCAGGUUGAAGCAGAACAGCAAAAGUUACAAGACAUGAAUCAAGAACACACUCAGAACUUAUUGCUUAUGAACAGUGAACUAGCAUCUCUUCAAGAAAAACUGGAGGACACUGUGCAAAGAAAGGAGAAAGUCGAUCAGUUCUUAAUCAGUAGUAAAGGCGUUUUUAGACAACAGAGUGAAAUGCUCGGCUGCAUAAGACUUGCAAUUGACAACAUCGCAGAAAAGUGUCAAAGACUGCGAGGGACGCCUGUAGAGAAACUCGAUGUCGAUUCAAAGCUCAAAGUAAUUCAGGAACACAUCAUAGAGCACACUGACAUCCUGAAGCUGGCCAAACUCCCAGAGUCCGCGGCGGCCUCUGAAGGACUUCAACCCAGUCCAUCAAGCAUCCUCAAGAACAGAGUAUCCCGGCAUGCACUGGUAGACUCGCCAUUUAAGUCUAGUCCAUCCAGAGGUCUCAAGAAUGUGCAGAUGGCGCUGAGAUUUGCUGCUGAUGUCAAGCAAUCAUAGUUGUAAUUGCAAUUCUGCAGGGAAGUCUCCACUUAAGCAGCAAAUAAGAACGUUAAUUAUGUAGGCCAAGCCUCGAGAGGUGUACUUCCGACGCAAUUGUUGUAAAGGAAGUUUUUGCCCUUCAGCCCACAACCCCUGCUUGCAAUAAUGAAGAUUG